CUUGCAUUAACUUUUUUCCCUCAUCAGCACACUCCCAAAGAAAACCACCAACAACGUCGUGGAGACCAACUCCGAUUAGUACGGUCCACGGCAUAGUAGUCGUGGUCACGUGACGCACACGCUCUCUCCCCUUCCCUCUUAGGCUCAUAUUUCUCUUUCUUUUCUGUUUAUUUUUUCAAGAUUUUCUUUUUCGUACUUCCCAUAAUUGCAGAAAGUAGAAUUGAACGUCAACUUGAAAACCAGAACCCCUCGUGUCCCUGUUUUCGACCCUUGAAAUUCCCCAAUUUCACACACUCUGUAACUAGUAAAAAUGGAGGAAGAUUUUGAUGCUGAAAAUUUGGAAGAUGGAGAGUUAUGGCUUCCUUCUGAUUUCUUCUCCAUGGACGAUGUUCAAGCUUCAACUAAUUUCAAUUCGCCAUUAAACUACUACUCUACCUCUAAGCCACGUUGCAUGGAGGACUUGGCUCAGCGAUUUUCUGAUUUUAAUGUUCGUCAACGUCCAAAUUUCUCUAAAUCUCUACAGGGGUUUAAACCGGAUCAGUACAGGUCCACGGUGUCGAGACCAGUUGCGUGCUUUGGUUGUAGUGGCGGCGGAGGUGGUACAGGAAGCAGAUGGCCCGGUUCUUCACCGGUUUAUCCGUAUCAGUUUCUGAACCCGGUUCAAUCUCUGCUUCAUACCUUUAUCGAAGCAAGACCUUGGACUUUGCAAAGGCAGCAAAACCGUUUCACGCCGAACCGGGUUCUGUCCAUUCCGGGAAGUGGAACGGCGAUGGGUGCUCAGGGAGGAACUGGCGUUUUUCUUCCUCGCACUUCAGCCAAUGGCUCCACCACUGUCACCGGUAGAAGUCCUAAUAAUCAAUAUGCAAGAAGUGGUCAUGGUGUGAGAAGUAAACUUGUGGUUCAACUCCCUCGGAAGAAUUUAAUCAAGCGAGAAGAGUGCCAUGGCUAUGUUGCUCCAGUGAGUUUGCCUAAUGACUGGACUUACUGAGCUUUAUUUCUCUGGCUGUAGGAUGAUGUAGAGGAAACUCCUAUUUAUGUUGGAAUUAAAUAAAAAUAAGAGCUUCAAGAAUAAGAAGAAUCCAACAAACAUCAUUUGGAUUUAUAUUGUGUGGAUC